AUGCCGAAAACAGAACCGCCGUCAAACACCACCACCGUACCACACAACUCUACCUCCACCGCACCACAACCCCCAUCCCCCGUACCACAGUCCCCAUCCACACAAAAAAAAAAAAAAACAGAUUUGCACCGUGCUCAAACCAUGGAUCGUGUACAAGCAGUUCAUGGAGAACCUGAUUCCUGUUACAGAGAAACAAAAUCCACCAAGAGUUCUUCGGAGAGUCAGUUCAAUGAGCUGGAAUUCUGGGUUUAUUCUGUGAACUAUGGCCUCUCCACAGGGGGGAAGAAGACUGCUGAUGUUCGGCUAAUAAGUCUAAUUAUGAAUAAUUUGUUGCCUUGA